CCCCAAGAGAAGAUAUAUUUCAGAAACCCUAAAGAAACAGCACUGAAAUACUUUAACAAUAUUGCACAGGCAUGGUGUUUCCAGAAACAACAGCAUGAACUGCAUGUAGCUUUCUACAAGCAAUAUAUAAUUAAGAACCAAAAUGCUUUUAAAGAAGCUCUUUUGAAGAUCAACACCUUGGAAAAUGAACUGAAAGCAAUAAAGAGAGAAAAUGUGGAGCUUAAAUCUUUGGUUACUCACAUGAAGGGUUCCCUGAGCCGAUCACAAAGCAACAACAGAUCCUGCACACCUCGACCAAUAGCCAUCACAUCUCCCUCGCAGACAGUUACUCCUCGGGUUAGCAGUCAGCACAGCGGACAAAUUGGAAGUCGAUCAUCAUCUCUGGAGUCAGUUGCAUAUGUUCGAUCCCAUUCAGAAAGCAGUCAACCACCAUCAGCAAGUAGAACACAGGACAGAACCACUCCAAUGAGUUCCAGUCAGGGUUCUCCUAUGUCUGGUCACAGCAUGUCCUAUAGCCUACCAGCACAAACAACAUCCGCAUCAAAUUUCUCCUAUAAUGGCCAGAGGUCUGAUAUAUCUGGAAGCACUCUACUAACACCUACAGAUAGAACUUUUCGAUUAAGCACAGGUGGUGCAAGAGAUGCCUGUGUUACCCCGUGUAACAACACUGACCGUAUUAGGGCCCUUCAGCUAAGAUUUACCCCCAGGAUGCCAGGACCCCACAACUCAAGAAUUUAGGGUUUACCACCAGAGUACCAGGAGGAGCACACAGCUCCACAAAAACACUGAAAACGGAUGUAAUGAAAAUCUACACAAAUAAACUUUUUGUAAAACAAAAGCUUUCCUGAUAAGUAAAAACAAAAAAGGGAAGCAAAGCGAUCUAAAGAAAAUAUUCCCAAAUACAAAUGAACUUUUGGAAUGAUUCACCAAAGCGUGUGUGCCCAACUUUAAAAUAUAUACUUUUAAAAUAAACAUU